AUGCUGAGGCGCGUGCCCUUGAAGCUAACGGCUGAAGGUUUUCUGGAGAUCCUGAACCAGUUCUAUCCAUGCGGAUAUGACUUCGUGUAUGUCCCGCGCGACAAGGUCAAGGCGAGGAAUGUGGCCCUGGCUUUCGUGAACUUCACAGAUCAUCGAACAGCAGAAGCUGCGUAUGCAUACUUUCAGGGUCAUGCGCAGCCGAUGGAUCCUCGCUUGGGCAGCCACAUCCGUGUCUCGCAAGCUGACGUGCAGGGCGUUGACCUGAAUCUGGCGUACUUUAUUGCCAGGAACGGCAUGGCGGACCUGGACAAUCCACAUGCGCCCCGGGUGUUUCAAAAGGGACGCCGCAUCAGCUUACUUGAGGCCGCCAAGAUGCAUGUGACCAUGCAACUACUCGAAAAGGCGACGGAAUACAUGAGAGCAGUGGAAGCGGACAGGAGGCGUGUGCCCUCUGCCAGUGCGUACGCUGUCCCAGAGAUGCAAACGGUGUAUUCGGAGAAGCGAGAUGAUAGCAGUGGUUCCUCCUCGAGGUGUGGGCGAGCUUCAAACGGCGCAGAGACCGAUCUCAGCGACUGGAGCUCCUCCAUGCAGAUGGCAGGAGACCAGCGCAGCCUGUUCGGACGUCCUCAUCAACCACCCGAUCGUGUGAAUGCAGAGGGUUCGGGGUCUCAGGUUUUGUGCAAGGAAAGGCCUGAUGGCUCGAUCGUUUUCUUCUUGUGA